AUGAAUUUGUUUCCAAGCAAGGUUACCGAAAAAUGCGAGGUAUUGGAGCUGAAGGAGAACGUGAGGAUCGAAAAUGUGUUGAAGAAGGCGUUGAAACACUUUGAUGUAAGUUAAAAAUACGAUGAAAUGUUUCUACUUUAGGUGAUAGAUAAUUUAGUCUCUUGGCGAAGUUUUAUGACGGUUUAGGUAUUAAAUUUAUAUUGUACAUGGUGAAUUCUCGGAAAAUCGAAAAUUUAUUGUCUAAAAUAAUGUGCCGGGCGUUAAAAUUGACAUCCAUGGUAUUGUAAUUGCAUAUACAGGCUGUCAACAGAAUUAGUCUGCUUAUUGUUUCAGGAUGAAGGAAAGAAUUUACUCAUCUAUGGUUCGAACAAAGGCAUUGAGAAAGUGGUGGCGCUGACCGAGAAGAUUAAGCAAAAUCAAAAAGUAUGUGUAGCUAUAGUAUUAUUACUUUAUUAUUUAGGAUCCAAUCUAUCAAUGGAACAAGUUUUCCGAGAUUCGAGUAAAAGCGGAGAACAAAUUGGAUGUGGACAGCUUUGAGCCUGUGAUGGCCGUUGUUUUGAGCAAAGCCAAGUUUGAGGAGGAGUCAGAAAGGUGAGAAAGCGGGUGGAAUACUUAGAAAAGAGCUAGAUUUUUCUUUUGGACCCAUUUUUAGCAUUGCUUGAGGGCUACAAAACUUUUGUUGAACAUUUUUUUUAUCGAAGACUCUUUUGCCAAAUAUUGGAACUAAUUUUUUGUGAUAAAAUAUCUUGUGAUUCGAUGAUUUUUUUGAUAAGAGAGACUUGAUGAUGCCUGCAAAUUGUUUCAGUAUCCAGAUCUCAACUGAAUCCGUCGAUUUCCCACCAUUCCCAGGCCUGCAACGUCAAAAAAUCGGCGCCGAAAACAAAGAUAACAAUUGGCGUCAAAAGCGAAAAAAUAAAUGA